GCAAAGGGGGUGGAGGUUGGGUUAGGAAAAAAACACGAUUGGUAGAGUUGAGAGUAAAACUUGUUGGCUCAGAUAUUUGUGCAGCCACGUCCUCUCUCGCUAACCUCCCCACUCAACGCGGAGCUGUCCAUUGGCACUUGUGCUGAAACGCGUCUAUUCUCAAUCGCUCACUGCGGUGCACGACGGAGUGUCGAGAGUAAAACAUUUGGAUGACUGUAUUGGUUUUUUCCAUAUAUUUUUGAGACACUUCGGUGGAUAUCCAUUGAUUUACUCAGCUUUCAUCAAGAGCGCAUCAAAGGUCCACGUUCUGACUCGGUCGGUUAACGGACUCUUAAGAGGGAGAAAGAUGGCUUUUAUGGUGAAACAAAUGGUGGGAGGGCAUGUGAAGAACCUGACCGGGGGUUUGACUGAGGAAAAGCCCGAAGGAGAGAAAUCGGAAGCCGCAGCGGCAGGAAUGACCCAGGAGGAAUUUGAACAAUAUCAACAACAGUUAGAGGAGGAAAAGCAGGAACGAGAUGCUAGUUUUGCCCAGAAGAAAGCUGAGCGGGCAACAGUUAGAAGUCACUUCCGGGACAAAUACAGACUGCCAAAGAAUGAGCUGGAUGACACUCAGAUCCAGCAGGCGGGGGAUGACGUGGAGCUGCCCACAGAGCUAGCCAAGAUGAUCGCUGACGACAACAAGGAGGAGGAAUCCAAAACGUCUGUCCUGGGCCAGCUGACCAACAUCCAGAAUGUGGACAUGGACCAGCUGAAGGACAAGGCCCAGGCCACACUGGAAGACCUCAAACAGUCUGCUGAGAAGUGUAAUCUCAUGUGAUCUGGCUGGCUGACUGAAUUCCUGCUCUCUCUCUCCCUCCCUUACUCUCUUUAUCUGUACAACAAAGGAUCUAUGUAAGAUAUCAUGUGAUCUAUGAUCAUGUACAAACGUUGAUAGUCAUGUUGCUUUGAAUACAUACACAUACAGUCAACACUGCCUCACACACACAAACAUACUGCAGCAGCUUCUGGCCAAGGAAUCGGAGUAAACACUGUCUAAGCUGUGGGGGAAUCAGAGUAAACACUGUCUACGCUGUGGGAGAAUCAGAGUAAACACUGUCUAAGCUGUGGGGGAAUCAGAGUAAACACUGUCUAAGCUGUGGGAGAAACAGAGUAAACACUGUCUAAGCUGUGGGGGAAUCAGAGUAAACACUGUCUAAGCUGUGGGGGAAUCAGAGUAAACACUGUCUAAGCUGUGGGGGAAUCAGAGUAAAAACUGUCUAAGCUGUGGGGGAAUCAGAGUAAACACUGUCUAAGCUGUGGGAGAAUCAGAGUAAACACUGUCUAAGCUGUGGGGGAAUCAGAGUAAACACUGUCUAAGCUGUGGGGGAAUCAGAGUAAACACUGUCUAAGCUGUGGGGGAAACAGAGUAAACACUGUCUAAGCUGUGGGGGAAACAGAGUAAACACUGUCUAAGCUGUGGGGGAAACAGAGUAAACACUGUCUAAACUGUGGGGGAAUCAUUGUAAACACUGUCUAAGCUGUGGGGGAAUCAGAGUAAACACUGUCUACGCUGUGGGGGAAACAGAGUAAACACUGUCUACGCUGUGGGGGAAACAGAGUAAACACUGUCUAAGCUGUGGGGGAAUCAGAGUAAACACUGUCUACGCUGUGGGGGAAACAGAGUAAACACUGUCUAAGCUGUGGGGGAAACAGAGUAAACACUGUCUAAGCUGUGGGGGAAUCAGAGUAAACACUGUCUAAGCUGUGGGGGAAUCAGAGUAAACACUGUCUAAACUGUGGGGGAAACAGAGUAAACACUGUCUACGCUGUGGGGGAAACAGAGUAAACACUGUCUAAACUGUGGGGGAAUCAUUGUAAACACUGUCUAAGCUGUGGGGGAAUCAGAGUAAACACUGUCUAAACUGUGGAGGAAACAGAGUAAACACUGUCUAAGCUGUGGGGGAAUCAUUGUAAACACUGUCUUAAGCUGUGGAGGAAUCAGAGUAAACACUGUCUUAAGCUGUGGAGGAAUCAGAGUAAUAGUCUUAUGCCAAAGACCCUUUGCAGAAAACCAUUUAGACAAUGGCACAAAGUAUAUCAACUAGUCAUAUUAAGUGUGAGACUAAAUCACACUUUCUUGUCUUGGGACCACAUUCAGUACAUUACAAACCAAGUGUCUGUUAUAUCUAUUGCAGGUGUAAGUGUAUUUGCAGUUAGCCUGUUCUGUAGUCCAUCUAGUCUAUGGUCAUUAACUAGUUGGGGCCUUGUUAAGAGACAGCUCAUCUAACCUUUCAAAUCUGGCCUUUAACCUGUCCUCAUAUUGACCCCUGACCUCUCCAUCUCAGUGCUGUUUUGUGCCGGUGGUUUGGUGUCGUUUAGCUGCUAUGAUAUGUCAAGUGCUGUCUUCGAAAAUGUCAUCCUUUGGCUGAGUGCUGGUCAUAGUGUUUAAUAAGUACACAAUACUAUGAACAUACAGUGGGGCAAAAAAGUAUUUAGUCAGCCACCAAUUGUGCAAGUUCUCCCACUUAAAAAGAUGGGAGAGGCCUGUAAUUUUCAUCAUAGGUACACUUCAACUAUGACAGACAAAAUGAGAAAAAAAUAUCCAGAAAAUCACAUUGUAGGAUUUUUAAUGAAUUUAUUUGCAAAUUAUGGUGGAAAAUAAGUAUUUGGUCAAUAACAAAGUUUAUCUCAAUACUUUGUUAUAUACCCUUUGUUGGCAAUGACAGAGGUCAAACGUUUUCUGUAAGUCUUCACAAGGUUUUCACACACUGUUGCUGGUAUUUUAGCCCAUUCCUCCAUGCAGAUCUCCUCUAGAGCAGUGAUGUUUUGGGGCUGUUGCUGGGCAACACGGACUUUCAACUCCCUCCAAAGACUUUCUAUGGGGUUGAGAUCUGGAGACUGGCUAGGCCACUCCAGGACCUUGAAAUGCUUCUUACGAAGCCACUCCUUCGUUGCCCGGGCAGGGUGUGUUUGGGAUCAUUGUCAUGCUGAAAGACCCAGCCACGUUUCAUCUUCAAUGCCCUUGCUGAUGGAAGGAGGUUUUCACUCAAAAUCUCACGAUACAUGGCCCCAUUCAUUCUUUCCUUCACACGGAUCAGUCGUCCUGGUCCCUUUGCAAAAAAACAGCCCCAAAGCAUGAUGUUUCCACCCCCAUGCUUCACAGUAGGUAUGGUGUUCUUUGGAUGCAACUCAGCAUUCUUUGUCCUCCAAACACGACGAGAAGAAAAGUUAUAUUUUGGUUUCAUCUGACCAUAUGACAUUCUCCCAAUCUUCUUCUGGAUCAUCCAAAUGCUCUCUAGCAAACUUCAGACGGGCCUGGACAUGUACUGGCUUAAGCAGGGGGACACGUCUGGCACUGCAGGAUUUGAGUCCCUGGCGGCUUGGUGUGUUACUGAUGGAAGGCUUUGUUACUUUGGUCCCAGCUCUCUGCAGGUCAUUCACUAGGUCCCCCCGUGUGGUUCUGGGAUUUUUGCUCACUGUUCUUGUGAUCAUUUUGACCCCACAGGGUGAGAUCUUGCAUGGAGCCCCAGAUCGAGGGAGAUUAUCAGUGGUCUUGUAUGUCUUCCAUUUCCUAAUAAUUGCUCCCACAGUUGAUUUCUUCAAACCAAGCUGCUUACCUAUUGCAGAUUCAGUCUUCCCAGCCUGGUGCAGGUCUACAAUUUUGUUUCUGGUGUCCUUUAACAGCUCUUUUGUCUUGGCCAUAGUGGAGUUUGGAGUGUGACUGUUUGAGGUUGUGGACAGGUGUCUUUUAUACUAAUAACAAGUUCAAACAGGUGCCAUUAAUACAGGUAACGAGUGGAGGACAGAUGAGCUUCUUAAAGAAGAAGUUACAGGUCUGUGAGAGCCAGAAAUCUUGCUUGUUUGUAGGUGACCAAAUACUUAUUUUCCACCAUAAUUUGCAAAUAAAUUCAUUAAAAAUCCUACAAUGUGAUUUUUCUGGAUUUUUUCCCUCAUUUUGUCUGUCAUAGUUGAAGUGUACCUAUGAUGAAAAUUACAGGCCUCUCUCAUGUUUUUAAGUGGGAGAACUUGCACAAUUGGUGGCUGACUAAAUACUUUUUUGCCCCACUGUAUAUGAACAUAGAGUACUUGGUAGUUGUCUGAAUUGUUGUUGUAUCACUAAGUAAAGAUGCAGGUGAGAGCGGGAGAGGGGUUUGUCAACCUUAUUUAGUAAUAUACAAUAUAUAUUUAUUUAAUACAGUGGUUCAUGUCUUGUAAUAGUUGAACAGUCCUUUUGUGACAUUACAAGUAAUAGCAUUAAGAAGAAAGGAUGGUGAACAUGCCUUAGUCGCUUGUUUUAUGUGAUAGCUACUUUGUGCAUUCUUGUCAGUUCCAUGAAGCAAAACAAACAAGUGUGAAUAUAAUGAAUUCUUACUCAAGUCUUGCAGAGCCUUGAUCACCUAUACAUAUCUCUCUGUGUGACCUGCAGUGGUACUUUAAAGCCAACAACAAGAGCUUCUUUCAUUUCCAGUCACCCUAUGGGGUGAUUCAGGUUGAUCUCAUGAUGAUAUUUCAGGAAGAGACGUGUUGUUCAUGAUGUUUCUGUUUCCUGUCCAUUCUUUGCUUCUUUUACAUCAUCUUUGUUGUUCAGUGCUGUAUGAAACGUAUUGAUUUUUGACUGACUGUUGAAACCAUAAUAAACAGAUUU